AUUCAUUUGUCAUUUAACUUCAUCAAUCAUUAUAAUAUAAAUUCGAGUUACCAAAAAGAAAUACUCUGCCUUCUUAUCUCUUCUUUCUUCUUCUUCCUUCUCUAUCAAACUAGAUCUUCAACUAGGAAGUCAAGCUUACCAGUCUUUGAUCCAUAUCUGUUCUUCACAUAAACCAACUAAUUGAGUGAAUUAAUAGAGAUGAGAGCAAGAUACUGCGAAGAAGAUGAGAUUCAAGCAAAUCAAGAAAGAGAUCAUAAUCAUCAAUUAAAUUUAAACAGCAUGUUCCAGCCGCAGAAUCAGCCAAGUUCAGUACCAACAUCGAGGCAAUGGACCUCAGCUUUUAGGAAUCCAAGAAUCGUACGAGUUUCAAGAACUUUUGGUGGCAAAGACAGACACAGCAAAGUCUGCACAGUCCGUGGCCUUAGAGACCGGAGGAUAAGGUUGUCCGUACCAACAGCGAUUCAGGUUUACGACCUUCAAGAUAGAUUAGGGCUGAGUCAGCCAAGCAAAGUCAUUGAUUGGUUGCUGGAAGCAGCAAAAUAUGACGUAGACGAGCUCCCUCCUUUACAAUUCCCACAAGGGUUUAACCAAAUGUAUCCAAGUCUCAUCUUCGGAGAAUCAUCAUCAACCUCAGCAGCAUCAGCAUUUCCAGGUACCAAUUUAGGUUUCUUGGAAAGUUGGGAUCUCGGGGGCUCUUCUUCAAGAACAAGAACAAGAAUUGCUGAUACUACAACAACACCGCGAGAGAGUUUUGAUCUAGAUAAAGGGAAAUGGAUCAAACAAGAUGAGAAUAGUAAUCAUCAAGAUCAUGGUUUCGACACUAGCCAUCAAAAUUUCUCUCUGACCAAUCCUUACAACAACAGCAAUGCUUCCUCUUACUACAACCUCGGACAUCUUCAAAACUCGCUAGACCAAUCCGGUAAUAACGUUACUGUCGCAAUACCUAAUGUUCCUUAUAAUAAUAAUCUCAAUUUGCCUCCUCCUCCGACAAUGAGCUCUCUAUUUCCGAUGUAUCCUUCGUUCCUCGGAGCUUCUCAUCAUGUCGUUGAUGGAGCUGGGAAUCUACAGCUCUUUAGCUCCAAUGCUAAUCGCAACAACAGAUGAUGAUGGGUAACUCAACUUUGAUUAGACCGUUUCAUCAUUAGGAAACUAUGCUGUGCACAAUUCAAAUGGAAGAAACUGAUGGGGUCGUUGCUUGUCAUGUAUCAGGAAAAAACACCAAUAAUUUUCCAAUAAUUGUAUGUCCACCAUCAUUCAGUUUAUUUACAACUACGUAUAUUUGUACCGGCAGACUACGAAUGUAUCAAUAAACUAUGGACAUGCAUAUUCUA